AUGAUGAGCUCGGACACGGCGUCCAGUGAAACUGGUGUCUCCUCACGAGGGAGCAGCCCGACAGACCUCUCAGUCCGCGUGAAGCGGCGCCCAAUUCCGCGCAAGGGUCAUCGCAAGUCGAGAAAUGGGUGUCUAAGCUGCAAGCGACGCAAAGUCAAGUGUGACGAAGUUAUGCCAAGAUGCGGCAUCUGCACUCGUCUCAAGCUGACUUGUGUCUUUGAUGAGAAGAGAUCGAAUGCCCCCGCAGGAGGCGCACUCCGCCCACCACAAGCACCACCAAGAUCCCUGACAACAGAUCCGAGCUGGUUCAAUAUUAGUGAUAUCAGGUUCCUACAGCACUUUAUGAGCUCGGCAUAUCCGACAUUACCAUUGGACGGAUGGGUUGUUUGGCAAGGUGUAUCGCAAAUGUCCCACGAGUACGAAUUUCUUGUUCAUGCAAUGCUGGGUCUUGGAGCUUCGCAUUUAAAUUUACUGCUUCAGGGAUCCUAUGCUGAAGCGGCUGUCAAACAUCGAGUUAUUGCCAUGAAGGGCCUGAACACAUUCUUGUCCAACGCCCACCUCUCUCUCCAUAACGCCGAUGCUGCUUUUGCUGCCACCCUGAUUCUAGCCUUUCAAUCGUAUCAGAUGGAAGAUGGGCUUGUCGAUUUUCUUACCAUGAUUCGCGGAUGCCAUCUGGUAGGAGUGCAUGCACUCGCAGACUUUGAUAACUCUUUAUUCCGCACAUUUGAGAGGGAAAUGUAUCUCAAGUCGGUAGGAAAUCUGAUACAGCCCGAGACAAUUUCAGACAACUUUGGCCCGACACUAGCGCAGGGCUUCUGUGACAACACGAAAAAGCUUGCACCGCUGUGCAAGAGUGUACAGGACUUGGAGUACUUGGGAUUGCUGCAGCGAGUUGCAACGGCUACCAUAAAUGACCCUCUCCAAGCGCAUCAUGACCACACAAUGCUGUAUGACAAAUUAGGGUCUUUUACGCCGGAAGAGUUUGCCCAUUUUGUUGACCCUCGCAACUACACAGCACAGCUGCUUAUUUUGCACAUGCUACUGUUGGAUUAUAUCAUGGACGCGAGCUUGGAUGGUAUGACGAAAGCGUCCACAAACCGGCCCCAAAACAAAAUUGACUUUCAUAAAUUUAUCCUGCUAUCAUGGUCAGAAAAGAUUGUCGAAGGGUUACCUGCCGCGUAUGUUGCUUGCGCUGAAUGGCCCAUACACCAUGCAAGGCAGCUCUGUUUGGGGGAUACAAGCGAGCUGUAUCUUCCGAAAGAGACGGGUGAGGAAGGAAACCAACCAUUUACGCUCGAAAUGUUUGAGCAUCUGUAUUAA